AUGCCACGCGGCGCAUCUGCCCCAUCCGCUCUGCCCACGUCAGCAGCAGCAUCUCAACCGCCAGCCAGAUCCCCCUUCCCGUCCACACCACAAUCCACACAUCCAUCGCACAAUCCCGGCACAACUCCCAAUCCUGCUCUACCUGCCAACCCUGCCUGGUCUGCUGCACCCGCGUCUGCCCCAGGGGGACGGUUCUUGGGCAAUCUAGCCGCUGCCAAUCGGCCCCAAGCACCCAACCCAGCCGUCCCACACACCCCGUUUGCACCAGCAGCCCAACAAGCACCCUUCCAGUCAACCCAGCAAGCACCCUAUGCAUCAGCCCCGCCUGCUGCCGUCCCCUCCACCUCACAAGGCAUCUCCCCUGAAGCACCUGCUCUCUCUGUCAAGGACGCCCCUGGUCCUAUGUGGGCCCCACCUCCUGUGCCGCCCACAGCAGCCCGUCAACCCGAAUUCUCCUCUGGCUCACCUGCUGCCUUUCCCUCUGCCUCACAAAACACCUUCCCCUCCACCGCACAAGGCACCUCCCUUGAAGCACCUGCUCCCUCUGCCAUAGACGCCCCUGGUCGUAUGUGGGCCCCACCUCCUGUGCCGCCCACAGCAGCCCGUCAACCCGCCUACCCCUCUGCCUCACCUGCUCCUGGUCCCUCUCCCUCACAACCAUCCUAUCCCUCUAUCACACAACCUUCUUAUCCCCCUGCCUCCCAACCUCCCUAUCCCUCUCCCUCGCAACCUCCGUAUCCCUUCACCCCCCAACCUUCCUAUCCCUCUCCCUCCCAACCCCCCUACCCUUCUUCCUCGCAACCACCCUAUCCUUCUGCCCCCCAAACUUCCUAUCCCUCUCCCUCCCAACCGCCCUAUCCCUCUGCCCCCCAACCUUCCUAUUCCUCUCCCUCCCAACCAGCUUAUCCCUCUCCCUCCCAACCCCCCUAUCCCUCUCCCUCUCAACCCCUCUACCCUUCUCUCUCACAACCUUCCUAUCCCUCUGCCCCACAAUCCCUCUACCCCACUCCCCCCCAACCUCCCUAUCCCUCUGCCCCCGAACCUCUCUAUCCAUCCAUCUCACAGCCUCCCUAUCCUUCUCUCAGUGACGCAACACCCCCACCGCCACAACCUCCCUUCAGCAUGCCCCCGCCACCUGCUGCAGCACCAUCACCCCCACAAGCACCCACUCCCUCCAGCAAUGACGCACCCCCUCCUCCUGCAGCCCCUGUGACUGAGUCUGCUCCCAAGGGGCGGUUUCUGGGAAAUCUGGGUGCCCUCAGACCGCAGAAGAUAAUGUUGUGGGAAUGUGGCCUGGCCUGGUCUGAGUAA